CUUUGCCCGUCGUGUGCAGUUGCUUCCGCUCCCGUUAUUCGCCGUUCUGGGAUUCCCGCUGGCGGACUCUAGAGACUAUAUCACCUUGAUUAUCUUUUUUGGAAAAUGUGAACUCCCCCAAGAAUACAAAGUGCAACCCAAAUAACGGUUAACUUAGCUAGUGCGCAAUAUUAGUGGCCUAAAAAUAGCAAAGAAAAUAUUAGCGAAAAUAGCAGACAUGCCGUUUUGUUGUUGGGCCUCUGUGUGCGCGUGAGUGUCUGCGAGUGAAGUGGAAAUUUAAAAAUAAAACAACGCUGGGACACAAUUGAAAUUUAUUGGCCAACUGCCCAGAAAAACUCCAGGAACAGAGCAAAAAGGAUAAAUUGUUGGGGAUAAGCAAGGACAGUGACUCGUCGACGGUUGUGUGACAUGCUAGCAGCAGUUAUGGCAUCGGACAUCAACUGGGAUCCAGCUCUUUCUAAAUUGAUCACCACGCUCAAGGAGUCGGAAAACCUGUCCAAUGACCAGGAGAUUGACUUUCUGAAGGCCUUGCUGGAGUCCAAGGAGCUAAAUGCCCUGGUCAAUGUCCACACGAAGGUGGCCAAGGUGGGGCGGGAUGAUCGUUUGGCUCCCGUGCUCUCCACCUCCGCCCAGGUGUUGUAUGAGGUCCUGGAGCAGCUGUCGCAGCACUGCCACCUGAACGACGACUGCAAGGAGGCCUUCCACCUACUGCAGGACUCUCACGUCCAGCACCUCCUGUUUGCCCACGAUGCCAUUGCCCAGAAGGACUUCUACCCGCAUUUGCCGGAGGCGCCUGUCGAAAUGGACGAGGAUGAGGAGACCAUCAAGAUUGUGCAGCUGGUGAAGAGCAACGAGCCCCUGACAGGAGCACAGAGUGCGGAGCCAAUUGUUGGGGCCACCAUUAAAACGGACGAGGAAACGGGCAAGAUAAUCAUAGCGAGAAUCAUGCACGGCGGAGCUGCCGAUCGAUCCGGAUUGAUACACGUCGGCGACGAGGUCAUCGAGGUCAACAGCAUCAACGUGGAGGGCAAGACGCCAGGCGAUGUGCUCACCAUAUUGCAAAACUCUGAAGGCACCAUUACCUUCAAGCUGGUCCCAGCGGACAACAAGGGCGCCCAGCGCGAGUCCAAGGUACGGGUGCGGGCCCAUUUUGACUACAAUCCGGAUGUGGAUCCCUAUAUACCGUGCAAGGAGGCGGGCCUGGCCUUCCAGCGUGGCGAUGUGCUGCAUAUUGUGGGCCAGGACGAUGCCUACUGGUGGCAGGCGCGCAAGGAGCACGAACGCUCGGCGAGAGCCGGUCUGAUUCCCAGUCGGGCGCUGCAGGAGCGCCGCAUCCUCCACGAUCGAUCGCAGAAGGAUGGCGUUGAUUUGGACUUGAAGCCCGGAUCAUGCGCCUCACUCUGCACCACCCCACCUGGUUCCCCGCGUCUGCCUGCCAGCAGCAGCAGCUCCUCCUGCCGCCAGCCCAAGACUAAAAAGAUCAUGUACGAUUUGACAGAGAACGAUGACUUUGAUCGCGAGCAGAUCGCCACGUACGAGGAGGUGGCCAAGCUGUAUCCCCGGCCAGGUGUCUUCAGGCCCAUAGUGCUCAUCGGAGCUCCUGGCGUGGGUCGCAACGAACUGCGCCGUCGGCUGAUAGCCCGCGAUCCCGAGAAGUUCCGCAGCCCAGUGCCGUACACCACCCGACCAAUGCGCACUGGAGAAGUGGCCGGACGUGAGUACAUCUUUGUGCCGCGUGAGAAAAUGGAUGCGGACAUCGGGGCGGGAAAGUUUGUGGAGCACGGCGAGUACAAGGGUCAUUUGUAUGGAACGUCGGCGGAGAGCGUCAAGUCAAUCGUGAACGCGGGAUGUGUUUGUGUGCUGAGUCCGCAUUACCAGGCGAUCAAGACUCUGCGCACGGCCCAGCUGAAACCGUUCCUCAUCCACGUGAAACCACCAGAGUUGGACAUCCUGAAGGCCACGCGAACGGAGGCCAGGGCCAAGUCCACCUUCGAUGAGGCGAAUGCCAGGAGUUUCACGGACGAGGAGUUCGAGGAUAUGGUCAAGUCGGCCGAACGCAUCGAUUUCCUGUACGGACACUUCUUCGACGUGGAGCUGGUCAAUGGAGAGCUGGUCAGCGCCUUCGAGCAGCUCGUCCAGAAUGUCCAGCGGCUGGAGAACGAGCCCAUAUGGGCGCCAUCCAUGUGGGUGCAGUAGGUGUACCAUAGUACUAUGCCAAAACAAUGUGGAGAAGCAUUUCAUGCAAUUUGUUAGACGACAACAACACCAAAGUAUUUUUGCCAUACGAAUUUAGCAUACGAAUCUGCUAGAGAGACGGAGGAGGAGGAGAGACACUAUUUACCCGUAGGCGGUCCUGCUGGGCACUCCCGUCCGGCCUUAGUCCUUUUCACGACAUGUACCUUUUUGCGUCACAGUGAAAACAAAGAAAUGAAUACAAUAAUAGACACACACACACACAAAGAGAAGGAAAUUUAAACUCAACCAGCAUCUAUCUUACAAUUACGAUAACAAUUAAAUUCUAAAAACUUGUUGUACAAAAUUUAUUUGUGUUCAAAAAUGGACUAAAUUAUAAAUGUAUUUAUUACACGUUGUUGAAAUCAAAGAACAGAGUUAAUCCCCCCUGUAACCCUAAUGCUAACCGUAUUGUAUCUCGAUUGUAUAUACACUCACUCACUAACUAGAGCAUAUUGGAUACAAUCUCAAUUUCUGUGUAACAUGUCUCAUUUCGAAAACUGAUUUCAUCAAAAACGUAGUGACAAAUUGUUGAAAACAAGUGAGAAUUAUUAAUAAAAACCUAUUUUAAAUGCCAUUAA